AGACAAGGCCUAAUGGAGCGAGAAUUUCGCCAGACAGAAGGGACGAGCCCAGCGUUGGACGCCCUGUCACGUGUUCCGUUUCGACUUAUCUAUAUCCGAUAACGAGGAACCUGCGCGCGGCUCCGUCACGCUGCACGUGCGCUGUCACGUGGUUACCACGUGACAGAUGGAGACAAAAGUACCGCAACGCACUUGGCUUGUACUUAUAAUUCUCGUUACCUCAAGUCUGCUAAGUGUUUCCCGUCUCGUUUGAUCUGAUAAUUGUCUCAACAACAUGAUGCUCCAUAACCAAGAGAAGAAGAAAAGCAAUCCGUUUUCCAUCGAGAGUCUUCUCUAUGGGAGUGGGAAGAGGAGUUCCGAGCCGACCCAGCCGCUCUCCAACCACCUCAGCUCGACCCCCACUAAUCUUAGUUCGGGGUUCACCCCCAUUAUAACGAGCUCCAGACCCAUGUACAACGUGUACCCUCAGUACAGCCAGUCCAGCCCUAUUAACUUCAACCAGUACAGCAAUGUGGCAGCUGCAGCCAUGUUACUCCCUCAUCUUAGACCUGAUAUCUGGCAAAGACAGAUACGGAGGAGAAAAGCACGGACUGUGUUCACUGAUGAUCAGUUACAGGGACUGGAAAGCCAGUUUGGCACGCAAAAGUACCUUUCAGUGCCGGAGAGAAUGGAAUUAGCUGUUUCUCUACGUCUCUCUGAAACUCAGGUGAAGACUUGGUUUCAAAACCGGCGUAUGAAAUGGAAGAAGCAGGUAGCUGAGACAGAUAUGAAAGGUAAACAAGAAAAGAAACGCCCCUGUCCUUUCAAUCCGUCAACCCAGGAACCAACUGGAGAGUCAGAACGCAGGAACGAACGCUCAGCCUUUAAACCAAACAAUGGUUCCCUACAGUCCGCUAAAGUAACGUACAACCCUCUCUCCAGCACCAAGUCCAACUCAUUCGACUUCAUGAGGCAAAUCCGAGAGCGUGGUUGAGUGAGAAUACAUGAUGGACAUGUUGUGUUAUUUCUGAUCAGGUGAAACUGAAAUGAAGUCUUUGUUUAUUGUUGACGGGGAUAAUAGCACAUUCUCCCAUUAUGGUCAAUGUCAAAUGUGGAAAAUUUCGGAAUUUCAUGAUAUCGCUAGGAGGGGUUGUCAGUUGAACUGUGUUGUACGAACCAUAGAGUAUCUAAAUUCAGAAACUAAGUGAUCGUUCGUAAUCGUAUAUUAUUAUUUCGUAAGCCAGUCUAGGGCAGAAGGUUUGGUAAUGGUACAGGUAAAGCCAGCGCAUUCUUUACAUAAUAGUCACAUAAUGUGUUAAGUGGCUUGUGAAGAUGGAAGGGCGUGUUAAAAGUUAAAAUGUGGCUUACGCAAUAUUUGAACGAUCCUUAAUUACUCAAUUAGUUGAUAAGAACUAGUGCUGGACUAAAACUGUUUUAAAUAAUUGAUAAAUAGUUGAAUAAAGGAACUGGACGUACCCUUCAAUCUGAACUUUAUUAAUAUAUUGCAGGAUUUGCAACUUUAAUAAUAUAAUUUUAUGUAAUGUAUAGUCUGACCGCAUCAACGAAGAACAGUAUGCAUAAUGGAUAUUGCUAAACAUGAAUUUGCAUGGCAAACAAUUUGACAAAAGCUAAGUUAAUUUAUAAUAUAAAGCUGUCCCAGCCGUAACUUAUAUCAUUAACAAUAUAAAAUUUGAAAUGAUUAUUGAUUAUUUAUACAUCAUUGAGUUCUUACAAAUAUCAGUGAUUACUUUUAUAAUAUUGUUAAAUGACAAAUACACGAUUUUCAUUGACGAAAUCACUUUCUAUAACUACGUUUUGCUUUUAAACUUAACAAAGCUAUCUUAACAACACUAAAAUGUAGAAAACUAAAAGUGGUCGAUGUUAUUGUUGCAUUCUUUGAAUUUUAUCGGAUAUGUGUUUUUAAAACUUUAUACUAUAAGUCUCAAAAGUUUUCUUGAUUGAUUUUCAUUAAGCAAAGUUAUUUAAAUUUAAUGAAGGCUAAUAAUACUUGAUUAUUUUCCAGCUAAGACUUAGGAUAUGAAAAAACCACAGAGGCAAUUAUUUAUUUGUUUUUGUUGACAGCUAAUGCAAUGUCUUUGCAAUAUUAAUAAGCUUGCAAUAAUGAAUAAGACUUUUACUAAUUCGUUUGUCGUUAUCUUUGUUUCAUAUUCUGUAAAGACCUAAAAUCUGCUCAUUGCUUUAAGUAUAGGUUCAGAAUUUUGACGCGCCCAUUUCUCGAAAGUCGAAACUAAAUCUUAUCGAAGCGAGCAAUGAUUCAGAUUAUAAUGAUAAUUAUAAUGAGCCGACUGAAUGACCAACCCUGCAAUUUAUCUGCUUUUUAAGGAUUUAGAAAUAAAUUUAAGUUUUUAAAAACCUCGUGAACUGUAUUUGCGAGAAGUUUAACAUCUAUGAUAUGACUUUUGUCAACAUCAUUUAUUUUAAAAACAUUAAACAACACG